GGAAGUAGUCUCCUUUAGAUCCUUUCACUCGCACUGACACGCAUUCAAAGGCGAGCCGAGUAUCUGUUCGUUCUCCCUUCUCCUAGACGUGCUGCUUGACACUUUAGAAGACAGGGUGGCUGGUUUAUGAUCGGCCGUUUGGUGAAUAUCGUCGCGCAGAGGGUACCGAGUUUGUUGUACCGGGUUGGUACGAUGAAGAAGCCGCAGGUUGUGUUCGUGCUGGGCGGGCCUGGCGCCGGCAAAGGGACCCAAUGCGCCAAAAUCGUUGAGAACUACAACUACACCCAUCUGUCAGCUGGAGACCUGCUGAGGGCAGAGCGGGCCAGAGAGGGAUCGGAGUUUGGAGCGCUUAUUGCCAACUUUAUCAAGGAUGGCAAAAUUGUCCCUGUGGAUAUCACUAUUAACUUAAUUAGAAUGGCAAUGGAAGAGACCAUGAAAAAAGAUGGACAAAAGUUUCGCUUCCUCAUAGAUGGCUUCCCCCGCAACGAGGACAACCUUCAGGGUUGGAACAAAGUCAUGGAUGGAAAAGCAGAUGUCAAGUUUGUGCUUUUUUUUGACUGCAGCAAUGAGGUUUGCAUCAAGAGAUGUUUAGAACGAGGAAAAAGUAGCGGACGUACAGAUGACAACAGAGAAAGCUUGGAGAAACGAAUCCAAACGUAUCUACAGUCAACGCGACCGAUCAUCGAGUUGUAUGAGAAGCAAGGCAAAGUACGCUGUGUGGAUGCCUCUCACUCUGUAGAUGAGGUCUUUGCUGACGUGAAACUCCUCUUAGACAAAGAGGGUUGACUUCUUUCUCCUCAGCUGACAAGCAGCAUUCGUUUUUACCCUUAUUAGUUUUUCUUUCUAGCACCUGCCAACUCAUCACGAGAACCGUAAUAUUUAUAUAUGUCCAUUCAUGACUUGAUACCUUCGGUUACCUUCUGGUGGUCUUUCUCUUAAAAAUCUGCACUGUUUUAUUUAAUUUUUUUUCCAUUGUGCACAAUGUUUAGGGUAGGAUUUAAUAAUGAAAAGCUCGCACGGGGUGUCAAAAUGUACUGUUACCAACGAGCUUUGCUUCAUAAACGCUGCCAUGCUUUUCAGACCAGAUCAUCACAAAAUAUCUCAAACAAGACGUCAGAUAGCUGGAAUCCUUUGCAAUUAAAAAGCGUCAUUAUCCUGCCUUAGAUGAUCACGACCAUGCUGCCGAGACCACGGCCGGACGGGCCUGACCAAAGUAGGGCUUUUCAUGCUGACUAGUGUAUUUUGAAGUUCUGUGAACUGCCACUCCAAGGAGUAUUUGCAAUGAUCACAACCACUCAAUGCGCUUCAUCAUGCUCGCACUUCCUGAGAUCAUACAAGUUUGUCUGUAUCUGCAGAAGAUAAAACGAUUAUGAAAACAUGACUUUUCAUCUGUUGUAUUGAUUUGCAUCUGUGCAUCUUAAGGGAAUGUGUCCAAAAUGUGUUUGACACUAGUUCUACACUGCUGCAAUAAUAAAAAUAUUCAAAUAGG